UCAUUUGUUUUAUUAUCUGCUGCAGCAAGGCGAGGCUGGAAUUCCAAGGACCCUGCUUAUUCCUGUAAGAGCAUCCGGGACUCUGGUGACUCUAAAGGAGACGGGAGGUACUGGAUCGACCCUGAGAAAAGUGGAACCCCAUUGAAAGUUUACUGUGACAUGACAACUGAUGGAGGUGAGAUCUGCUCCUAAAAAAUCUGAAAUCGUGAGCAAUCAUAACUCAUUCAAAGUACUUUUCCGUUUCUGAUUGAAAUAAAUUCCCUGGCUUGUUCUUUAUAAACAGCUACCAUUAUCAAAUUUAAAGACAUCUACGUCAAUUUUACAGAUAUCUUUUGAGCGAGGGACAGCCGAAAGCGUGGUAGUUCAUUUUUUUAGCAAAGCUGAGGAUUCCCUUAUUUGGCCAAAACCGAAUAGGGUAUGGUUUUCAGGGUAAUACAAGUUUACUAAUUUAAGUCUUGAACAGGGUAUCUUUUCUGACUGGAAGCGAAAGCUGGCGAUGCGCGGUCUACAUGCCGAGGUACCAGCAAUAUAUUAAAGAAAACCCUAAUUUCAUGAUGUCAAUUUAAAAAGCACUAAAACGAAAUGAAUCAGAGUUGUGAAAGUAGGUUUCUUGUCUUUAACAGGGUAGCAAAAUAAACAUUUCUUUGUCUUAAAGAGGGUUAGGGUUUGAAGGGCUAGGCGACUCCUCCCACAACCCCCCACCCCCUGAGGAUUUCACACUUUAUGCGUAGGUGACAUGCGAACUACUGUCUAAACGUAUCACCGUGGCAAUGAAUGACAACUGCGUGCUACAAAAUAAUCUCGAUGAAGCCCUUUUGAACUAUUCUGCUUCAAAGACCGUCAAUAAACUUUGCGGCGUUAUCAGUUUUUCUUAGCGGCAUAAACAUGCAGUAUAUUUUUGAACUCAAUUUGAUUGCAUGACCGAAAAUUACUUUCAAGCUUUUUAAUAGAAAAUUGAAAAUUACAAAAGAGGAAGGCAGAGCUGUUUCACUUAGGAUCUCUUGCUCUCUUUCUAUCGCAAAUACAUUGUUAACUUUGCCGAACCGCCCUGGAAAAAAGGUAAAAUGACAAGACAAAAACGUUAGAAAAUAUGCAAAAUAGAAAGCCAUGGCUUCAUUAAGACACUUAAAAACUAUAAACGACGAUAAAACAUCCGAAAAUCGCACUCGAUUCUAGUAUGCCAAUGACGCAAAACAAGGAGAGUGGUCACAACAUUUGAGACUAUUUGUACACAGAGAAUUCUCGACAGUUAUGCAAACCCUCGACUUCGUCUCGGGUUUGCAUAACUGUCUCGAAUUCUCCCAACCCCUCUCGUGUUUAUAUCAGGCUAUGCAAACACGGAAAACGUUUUCUAUUGCUUAAAUGCAACUUGCUUGAAAAGUGGAAAAGCUACGUACGUUAAAUGCAGUACAGCCUUUUUUACAACUAUACCAUACAGAUGUUAAGUGGUAAUUGCAUUUUUCUACCCUGGAUCUGGAGGUCCGUUCUCAGGAAUUAAGCAAGAAAAAAAUCGUCUGACACUCACGGUGACAUUUUUCAUGAAUUUAUACGAACACAGUCGAGAGUUUCUGUUAACAGGUCUGUUGGUUUGAAUUUAAAUGCAGUCGAAACUCCUGUAAGCGUCCAUCCGAAAUGCGAAGGCCUUGUGGUUGCAUGGGGUAGGGGGCCGAGAAUCGAACCACAAGGAGGCUUCUUCCGAGAAGAGGCCCCGACACAUAUAACUUGUGAAAGGUAAUGUUCCCAUGAAAUUUUUAAGUUGCAUUAUGUGUAGUUUCAUGUUGCUGCUAAAAGUAUAUUUCUUAUACUCUAAGGGCGCUUUGCAUUUGUCACAACUAGCUGGCCAGACCAAUCCAGUCGUCAGGAGAAUUCUAAUAUUAAUCAGGACUAUCCAGCCAGAUCAGAUUAUUUCUAAAAUAAUGGUGUAUGCAAGGCAGUGAUGGGUUUAAUGGGUUUAAGUAAGCUCAUUUUUUUGAAAAUGUUGCCAUCCGCAAUGGGAUUUCCGACGACUUUGACAAGCGGCGCAUUUCUCAACCAAAAACGCAAUAAACAAACCAUGAAUAACAGAAGAAUCUUGAUACUGAGCUGCAGUUCAGUUUGUAGAUCCAGAGCAGAAAGACAGUUACAUUAAAAACAUCAUACAAUUGUAAGACGAUACAAAAAUCUGUCAGCUUCAGCUGUAAGUAAACGAGCUUCCAGAGGCUGUAUAAAUUUUUAGCAUAAAUUCACCUGUCAAAUUUUGCUUAAUUGGAGCAAAACAUGGAACGUACGGAACAAAGCCAACGCGUGACCAUGGUAAGAAAAGCCAAAAGCAACUACCUUCCCCGCCUGUUAAAAACUCGCUGGUUUUUCGCGUCCGAAAGCAAGUUCGAAAUCAAAUUUAAAUUGUGCAGCUUAUAAACACCUCUUUACGUUCACAUUUUUCUUUCAGGAGGCUGGCUCCUCGUUUCCAACAUCACGAUGGAAAGCUCAACUCCUCCCUCUCUGCUGCCAGUAAAGACUUCAUACCGUGGAAUAACCAGUGAUCAAAUGGUUCUCACAAAAACCGCCAUGAAUGAGUUGAGAACACACUUGUCUUUCACCCAACUGAGAUUCCACUGCAGUAAAAACAAUGGACGUACGUUCCACGUGACCACUGCUGCUAACAGCACUGGUGAAGCUGUAGUCCAGUACUUCAGCGGUCAGACAGAUACCCAGCCCGCCUCGUGUGGCUCUUACGUCAGAAUGGAAAAUGAAAACUCAAGGUUAGCAGGUGCUUGCCAAAAUUGGGAAUUGGCUAAAUGGGGCCAUUCAACAUUUGAUGAAGACAGAUUAUACAACCACCCUGCUUGGGUUCUUCAUAAAUUUCAUUGGGCGCUUAAUCAUCCAGGCGACAGUGGCCAAGCUAAAAGAUGGGAAUGCGAUGAUAUAAUUGUUGGCGUGACCACCGGUGAUUUCUGGAAAAUUUACGUUCGCUAA